AUGUCAGCCGAAGAAGAAAACUAUAUUAAUUCCCAAAUUCAACAUGCACUGUUAAUGCGAUAUAGUCAUAUCUCGUUAAAUAUUACGGGCGGAGAACUUCAUGGUACACAUAAGAACGGUUAUUACAUCUAUGAUUACAUUCCAAAGGAGGAUACAAGCUUUUGUGGAAGAAUGCGUUUUAUUUUCAACGAAAAAAUUUAUCCACAAGCUGAUACUGAAGAAAAUAUCACGCAGAAAUUUAACAAAAUCGACAGUAUGAGUUUACCAUGGUCUAAAACUGAUUGUGAUAUUUUACCAGAUGAAUGGACUUUUGCCGUGAAGAUAUUGGAUCCAUCAAAUCUAAAUAAUGCAAUUAAAUUUACAUUGAAUAAUGAUCCAGAUCGUCUACAAAUGUGUAUUUAUGCACAGAAACUGGAGAUUACUGCUAGUAAAGGUGAUAAAAAAAUUAUACAUACAGAUUCACCAUGGACAAAGGCAAUGAUUUAUUUGAAUUUGAUUGUAAAAAAUGCUGUUGACUCAUCUUGA